CCUUCUUGUCAGUGAACGUCUCGUCUCGAUAAUUUACAUAAAGCUGACUAGGAGUGGAGAACAGCGACUGGAAUAUAUGAUUUCGGAAAAUAAGACUUUUCCCGCGGCAAUGUCACGGGUUUUAUCACCCAUCACCGUGGCCAUUCUUUUUUUUACAUUGUCGGUGGCUAUGUCUGAGGGCAGAGCAAGGUUCAUGCACAAACGUGAAUGGAUCAUUCCCCCAAAGUGGUUGCAAGAAAACACAGACUACACCAAAGAGGAUUUUAUCUCCAAGAUCCGCUCAGACCUGGACGAGGCAAACAACAGGGUGGUCUCAUAUAGCCUGAAGGGCAUUGGGGCCGACCGGGACCCUGUCAAUUUGUUUGUGGUGAAUAAAAGGACUGGAGAGGUCAGGGUCACCCGCAUUCUGGACCGGGAGGAGAUCCACGAAUACAAUCUCACUGGAGUGGCUUACUUCCCGGAUGGCAACUACGCAGAGAACGACCUCAAUCUCCGGAUUAAGGUGCAGGAUGUCAAUGACAAUAGCCCUGUGUUUGGCACCAUCUCCCCUGGCUCGGUGGAGGAGCUCAGUCCAAAAGAUACGUCCAUCAUGCAGAUUACGGCCACAGACACAGAUGAGCCAGGCAACCCUAACUCUAAAAUCAAGUACACCCUGACCAAGCAAGAGCCCCCAGGGGACAAAAUGAUGUUUAAGAUCACUCCGGAUGGAGAGCUGCGUGUCAAAGAGCCAAACUUGGACAGAGAGACACACGACUCCUAUGUUCUGACUGUGGAGGGGGCUGAUCUCUAUGGAGCUCCGGGAGGAAACACAGGCACAGGGACAGUCGUGGUAAAUCUUGUUGAUGUCAAUGACAACGUGCCAACCCUGCAACUAGAGGAGUAUGAGGGCAAUAUUGAAGAGAACACCAAGAAUGUGGAGGUCAUGCGGAUCAAAGCUAAUGACCUGGACAUCGACGCUAUAAACCAGGACAUCGAAUAUGUCAUUGUCACAGGAAAUGAGGCGGGCUACUUCAGCCUUGUGAUGGAUCCUCAUACAAAGGAGGGGAUAUUGAUGCUUGACAAAGAAGUUGAUUUUGAGGAUGUGAAAGACCUGACACUGGGAGUGGGGGUGAAGAACACAGCCCCAUACCACGAGAGUGUGGAUGGAGGAGGCGUAGGAAGCAUCAAUAUAGGAGGAGGCGGAGGCGGCGGUGGGCCAGGAGGUGGUGGAGGAAGUGGAACAGGAGGCGGAGGUGGCGGAGGAAGUGGAACAGGAGGCGGAGGUGGUGGAGGAAGUGGUACAGGAGGCGGAGGAAGUGGUACAGGAGGCGGAGGUGGCGGAGGAAGUGGUACAGGAGGCGGAGGAAGUGGUACAGGAGGCGGAGGUGGACCAGGAGGAAGUGGGACUGGGACUGGCGGUGGAUCAGGAACCGGAGGUGCAUCUGGAAGUACCACCACAUGGACCCCUGUGACCUGGCAUGGCAAAACCUACCCUCUAAAGAUCAAUGUAAAGGACCAGCCUGAGGGGCCAAGGUUUGAUCCCAAGAUCAAGGCCAUCCCCAUCUCAGAGGACGGCAAAACAGUCAACAUCAAGGAUGUCAUCGCCACCUACCCCGCUUUAGAUGGAGACACAGGACUGCCAGCAGAGAAUGUCAGGUAUGCGAAAGGAAAAGACCCUGAUAACUGGUUCACCAUUGACCCUGAAACAGCUGAGAUCCGACUCAACAAGCUGCCAGACAGAGAGUCCCCAUUCCUGCAGAACGGCACGUACCUGGCAGAAGUGCUCUGUCUGACCCAAGACAUGCCCACCAAAACGGCCACAGGCACUAUUGCCAUCCAGGUGGAGGACUUCAAUGACCACUGCCCGGAGCUAGCCUCCCGCCUGGUCACCAUGUGCACGGCCCAGGAGGUGAUCUACGUCACGGCUGUGGACCCUGACAUGAAACCCAAUGGCGCACCCUUCAAGUUCACCAUCAUCCCUGAGGGCACCAAGGGCCAAUGGAGCGUCGAGCACUUCAAUGACACCACAGCCAUCUUGCGUACCCACGAGCCUGUGUGGCCUGGAAAUCACAAGGUGACCCUACAGAUCCGGGAUCAGCAGGGUGAGGCGUGUCCAGACCUACAGGAGCUGGAUGUGUCCGUGUGCACCUGCGACGACACAGAGGCCUGCAGCCGCCGCGGGGCGGGGCCGUUGGGGAAGCCCGGGAGCAAGCUAGGCCCUGCCGCCAUUGGACUAGGCUUCCUGGGUGCACUCCUCCUCCUGCUCAUCCCACUGCUGUUACUUUUCUGCCAAUGCGGCGGAGCAGGACUGGGUGCAGGUGGAUUUGCUGAAAUCCCAUUUGGUGCCAAGGAACACUUGAUCUCCUACCACACAGAAGGCCAGGGGGAGGACAAGGAGGUUCCUGUCAUGGCUAUAGCUCCACACGCAGUAGACUCGGGCGGUAUGAUUCAGAUGGCCAGUAAAGGAGGCCUGGCCGCUGCUGGGCCUGCUCUUGGUGGAGCUACAGCAGGUCUGAUCAGCUCCAGGUCCACCAUGGGUGGCGGCUUCUACGAGUCCAACGUGGAGAUGAACUACAUGGACCAAAUGAUGGGCCGCAUGGGCGGAGGAGAGCAGGGCAGUAGCUUCGUGUCAGAGUACAGAGAGCAAGGGGCCUACGACCAGCUGGCACUCCCAGGCGCCUUCCUGGCACACUACUACAGCCAGAAAGCAGAAUGUGUGGCAGUGGGUUCCUCUCAGAAGGACAAUCUGUUGGUGUACGACUAUGAGGGACAGGGAUCUCCCGCUGGUUCGGUCGGCUGCUGCAGCCUCCUUGAGUCUGACAACGACCUCGCCUUCCUCGAUGACCUGGGGCCAAAGUUCACCACCCUCGCCUCCGUCUGCGGAGGCUCCAAGACCGAGACCAACGUCACGUUCUCAGCUCCUCCACUGCCUAAAUCUGCUCUGACCACACAGUCUUCCGCCAUCUCCUCAGCGACUGACUUCGGGACCAUCAACAUGGGGGUUGUUAACGACACGGCAUCAUCCACCCGGGUAGAGAGGACCAUCACCAGCAUGGAGCAGCAGCGCCCCGCCCCACCUCCCAGCAUGUAUCUGCAUGAGACCAUGGCCAUGCCCACCCAGACUGUGUUGGUGCAGCAGCAGCCCCUGUACUACAUGGUUGAGCCGCAGGUUCAGAGCACAGUGCUGCUGGCUGAGAGGCCCCCAGUGGGUCUGGGACAGGGAAUGAUCCUGGUGAACGGGAGCCAGGCAGCCACAGAGAGGGUGAUGCUGCAGGGGGGAGGUCUAGUGCAGGGAGGAGGUCUAUUGCAGGGAGGAGGUCUAGUGCAGGGGGGAGGGCUGCUGCAGGGAGGAGCACUAUUGCAGGGAGGAGGUGUGCUGCAGGGGGGAAGGCUAGUGCAGGGGGGAGGUCUAAUGCAGGGGGCUCAGGGGCUGGUGAUGUCCCAUGGUGGGCACCUUCAGGGAGCCCAGGGGUUGGUUGUCCAGGGCUCGGGCCCUGCACAGACUAACCUGGGACGAGCGGAGAGCCUGAUGCUGCUGGAGCGAGUGGGAGGGGCAGGGGGGCCUGCACUGAACUCGAGCCUCCUGAAAACAGGUAGCCUCUCUGGCUCCCAAAUGCUGCUGCUAGAUGGGGCCGCAGGGCAACAAGGGGGGCAGAUUCUGCAGGGGGGAGGGCAGAUCUUACAGGGAUCGCAAAUCAUCCAGGGAGGAACGACUCUUCAGAGAGGGAGUGCAGGGGGAUCUCAGGGUGUGAUGUUCGUCCAGCGCUCAGGUCAAGGGUCAGGGGUCAGCAAGGGCUUACACAGCGUAGUGACCAGCACAGCAUCACUGAAUGACAGUGCAGAGUCCAGCGGGGCGUCCACACUGCAGCUGAGCAGUGGGCCAAGCUCUCAAAAAGUGGUCGUCCAGGAGAGGGAAGUGGUGACCAGUCAGAGUAGCACAAGACAGCAGCAAUAAAAUGAAAAGAUUUUUUAUAAAAAUCUCUGGCAACAAUGAUUUUUUUUAAUUCUGUGAGGCAACUUUUGAUGCAAUAAAUUAGAGAUAAAUUUGAACCUUUUUAUACCAAGUCAUUGUAUGUAAAUGUAAAAAGAGCACCUUUGUGGCGACACCUGUUUUUAAAAUGACAAUGAAAUGUCAUUGCAUGGCCUUAAAUAAGUAUGUCUGAGUAUAGCUGAGGUUAUAAAGACGACACCUGUGUUUGCUGGGUCUGUUUAGGCGUGGCAGGCUGCAGAAAUGUUGUGACUCAACCACACACACCUGCUCAGACAAGGCUUUUCCUACUGGCCUGAAAUCAGGGCAGAAAUUAGUCAGAGAUACAGACUCUCUUCUCUCCCUAAGGGGGAGCCAAUGGGAAUAUGCUUGUACAGGCAAAGAGGUUUUAGUUGUACGUAUGUCCAGUUAGAGGUUUAGCUGGUUGAUAACAUGCCAUAUGUGGAUGGGAUUUCUGUGUACUCUUUACUUUGGCUGAGAUUUAAUUCCACUGUCACCUUCAUCGUUUAUGCAUUUUUGUAUGUGUUUGUUUGUUUGUUUUGUUUUUGUAUACUGUUGAGUGUUCUGGUGCACUAUAUCAUAUUGUCUUUGAAGGUGUUAUGUUUUCAUCUGAUACGACAGCUCUGUUGGUCCUGGAAAAAGGGUUACUUAUGUAGUCAUGUGAAAUGUCAGUGAGUGGAUUCAAAUCCAAUUACUUUUGUUUGUUUCUCAAAUUUAAUAAAAAAGGCUAUUCUCAAAA